AUGGAUGACUGCAGUGCCCAGAUUGCGCAGUACACAAGUCUAAGAUCGUUUGAGAAAUGCCGUGAAAUAGUCCGAAUGUCAAAGGAUCGUCUCGGUGAGGUGCUAUCUGCAUUAGAGUUGAUCGAUGCAGACUCUAUGCAAUGUGUCCUACAGGAUCAUACGUUUCACAAAAUUCUCAACUCAAAUCCUCCGUUCUAUAUCCUCAUUGAAACUACUGUGACGAAUCUGAUCUAUCGAUUUCAUACAUUGUCAGGGUCAAACGAACGUCAUGAUCAAGAGAAAUUAGCCGGUUUUCUCACUGAAGCGAUCGAUCGCGAAAUUAUUAUCGAUGGAGUUCAGGCUUCAUCUAGACAAGAAGUUGAAAAUAUUUGGCGAAUCCGCGAAGCGGUUCCAGUGAUGAUCGCUCGAAGUGGCUAUGUUUAUAAGCACGAUGUCUCACUCCCACUGGAAUAUUUCUACAGGUUAACCGAAGUGAUACGAGAACGACUCGCUGUAAACGGUGAUGGUGUUGACGCGAAAGUUUUCACGUUCGGUCAUAUCGGAGACGGGAAUUCGCAUUUGAAUAUUGUAACGGAACACUAUUCACAGGAAGUGGCCGAUAGGUUAUACCCAUUUCUGUACGAUUGGGUGGUGGAACACAACGGGAGUGUGAGCGCCGAACACGGUGUUGGUCAAGUGAAACGUGAAUAUGCGAAGUACGGAAAAGGAUCUGAACUUGGCAUCGCCAAACAACUCAAGCAAAUCUUCGAUCCAAGGAAUAUUCUUUCACCUUAUAAAAUGUUCUGA